UUUUCUUCUUCCUUCAUUCCUGUCCUACUCUUCCCCUUCACCUUUUUCCAUCAUUUUUUAUCACUCUUCUUCACUUGGUUGUCUUUUCAACUAAGUGUUCAUCUCUUUUCAUUGCAUAUCUAACAGUGCGCUUCAACAGACACUCUGUGGGCUUCUUGCAUUGAGGGCUGUGGGCUGUAGCAUAUCACAUCUAUUCUGUGGGAUCUGUGGGAUACUCUCGUGGGUUUCAUAUCAUAGACGGUAGCUUCCCUGUCGUCUCGUGUGGGCUUAGACACUGUCGUUGUGGGUUACCUGUGGGUAUUUGAAAAUUUCCAUUACAAAUCGGGUGAUUGUGGGAUUAUAAGAUCUGCCGCACAUUCCUAGCUUUUCUCUGUAUACUUGCUUAGUUUACAGUUUAUUUGAUCAAAAUGUCCAAGACCAAGUCCGUUACCAAGAAGGGCUCUGAGAAGCCGGUUGACAAGACCCUUAGCAAGGUUAAGUCUGCUGGUGUGACCAAGUCCUCUCAGUCCCCCAAGGCCAAGAGCAAGCAGAUUGCUCGUGAGGUUGCCUCCAAGGAGAAGAAGGACAAGAAGAAGAAGAAGGAGCCUACUCCCAGCGAGUCUUCCGAGUCCGAGUCCGACAGCGACGAGGAGAUGGCCUCCGACUCCAGCUCCAGCAGCGAGAGUGAGGACGAGAAGCCCGCCAAGAAGACCGAGAAGAAGGGCAAGAAGGUUGAGUCCGAGUCCGAGUCUUCCGAGUCUGAGUCUGAGUCUUCCGACUCUGACAGCGAUGAGGAGAUGAACGACGCCUCUAGCAGCGAGAGCGAGGAGGAGAAGCCUGCCAAGAAGACCAAGGAGGAGCCCAAGAAGGCUGCUAAGAAGGCUGAGUCCAGCGACUCUGAGUCCGAGUCUUCCGACUCUGACUCCGAGUCCGAGGAUGAGAAGCCUGCUAAGAAGGAGACCAAGAAGGCCGAGUCCGAGUCCGAGUCUUCUGACUCUGACUCCGACUCUGAGUCUGAGGAGGAGGCCCCCAAGAAGGCCGCCAAGAAGGAGUCCAGCGAGAGCGACUCUGACUCCGACUCUGACUCUGAGAGCGAGGAGGAAACCAAGGAGAAGAAGGCUGAGAAGGAGUCUUCCGACUCUUCUGACUCCGACUCCGACUCUUCUGACUCCGACUCCGACUCUUCCGACUCCGACUCUGACUCUGAGUCUGAGGAGAGCGAGAAGCCCUCCAAGAAGCGUAAGGCUGAGGAGGAGACCUCCGCUACCCCCAAGAAGUCCAAGACUGAGGACCCUGCUCCUGGUGCUUCCGCCAACCUGUUCGUCGGUAACCUGUCCUGGAACGUCGAUGAGGCCUGGCUCCAGUCCGAGUUCGAGAGCUUCGGUGAGCUCUCCGGUGUUCGUAUCAUGACUGAGCGUGACACUGGCCGCUCCCGUGGUUUCGGUUACGUUGAGUACACCAACGCCGUUGAUGCCGCCAAGGCUUUCGAGGCCAAGAAGGGUGCUGAGAUCGACGGACGUGUCAUCAACCUGGACUAUGCCACUGGCCGUCCCGCCAACAAGGACCAGCAGGGUGGUUUCAAGGACCGCGCCAACGCUCGUGCCCGUUCCUUCGGUGACCAGGCCAGCCCCGAGAGUGACACCCUCUUCGUCGGAAACCUUCCUUUCGACGCCAACGAGGACUCCGUCGGCGAGCUGUUCGGUGAGAAGGGUAGCAUCCUCGGUAUCCGUCUGCCCACCGACCCCGACUCUGGCCGCCCCAAGGGUUUCGGCUACGUCCAGUACUCCUCCGUCGACGAGGCCCGCGCUGCCUUCAACGAGCUCCAGGGUGCUGACCUGCUCGGACGCCCGGUGCGUCUGGACUUCAGCACUCCCCGUGCCAACAACGGCGGCGGCGGUGGUGGUCGCGGUGGUGGCCGUGGCGGCUUCGGCGGUCGUGGCGGCGGUCGUGGCGGUUUCGGUGACCGUGGUGGCCGUGGCCGUGGUGGCUUCGGUGGCCGUGGUGGUGGUGCCCCCAACAAGGCUCGCGGUGGUAUCCCCGAGUACAAGGGCACCAAGGUCACCUUCUAAGUCAGUGUGUAAGAGUACUAACCGACGUAUACCUAUGUUUUUCUAGACUGCUUUUUGUUUUGGGCAAUGGGUUAUGGUUCCGGGGUUAUUGUCAUUAUUCCUCACUGUUUCUGGUACCCCAAAAGUUGUCUGCAUUAUGUCAAGCUAGCUAGCUAGGUAGCUAGUGAGCUAUGUGCCUGUUUUAUCUAGGUAGCAUACCAUACCAAUUUAAUGAAUGGCUAUG